AGAUCUGAUCUGAAUCUCGCUAUUGUCUUCUUCCCGUAAACCCCUAUCUCUCUCUCAGCUCACCUCUCCCAAUGGCCUCCGAAGGAAUUCUGCUCGGAAUGGGCAACCCCCUCCUCGACAUCUCCGCCGUCGUCGACCAUGACUUUUUGAAUAAAUAUGAUCUCCAGCUCAACAAUGCGAUUCUGGCUGAGGACAAGCACCUCCCCAUGUAUGACGAACUUGCAUCAAACCCUAACGUGGAGUACAUUGCUGGAGGUGCUACUCAAAACUCCAUUCGAGUUGCCCAGUGGAUGCUUCAAGUACCUGGUGCAACAAGUUAUAUGGGCAGCAUAGGAAAGGAUAAGUAUGGUGAGGAGAUGAAGAAGAACUCAAAACUUGCUGGUGUUAACGUUCACUAUUAUGAGGAUGAGUCUGCACCAACAGGUACCUGCGGUGUUUGUGUAGUGGGUGGUGAAAGGUCACUUAUUGCCAAUUUGGCAGCUGCUAACUGCUACAAAGUUGAGCAUUUGAAAAGACCAGAGAACUGGGCAUUGGUUGAGAAGGCCAAGUACUUCUAUAUUGCUGGUUUUUUCUUGACUGUAUCGCCAGAAUCCAUUCAGCUUGUUGCUGAACAUGCAGCCGCAAACAACAAGGUCUUCAGCAUGAACCUUUCUGCCCCAUUUAUCUGUGAGUUUUUCAAGGAUGUCCAGGAGAAAGCUUUGCCGUAUAUGGAUUAUGUUUUUGGAAAUGAGACAGAAGCAAGAACCUUCUCAAAAGUUCACGGCUGGGAGACCGAUGAUGUUGAGCAAAUAGCUCUUAAGAUCUCCGAGUGGCCGAAAAUAGGUGGACGCAAGAGGAUCACUGUUAUUACUCAGGGGGCAGAUCCUGUGGUUGUAGCUGAGGAUGGGAAAGUGAAGAAGUUCCCAGUCAUCCUGUUGCCAAAAGAAAAGCUUGUUGAUACCAAUGGAGCAGGGGAUGCUUUUGUUGGAGGUUUUCUAUCUCAGCUAGUUCAAGAGAAACCCAUUGAAGAUUGCGUGAAGGCUGGUUGUUAUGCUGCAAAUGUGAUCAUCCAGAGGUCUGGCUGCACCUACCCAGAGAAGCCUGACUUUAACUGAGCCAUGAUUCCUUUUGUUCUCUACUUCCUAUCUAUGCUUCAUUUGAAAUUUUGAUUGUUGAGACUUGAGAAGUCUACUGCUAUUUUCCUGUCUCUGUAUUUGCUUAUCAAGUAUCGGUCGUUUAGUGGAUGCAUGCAUUAAUAGCCCACUAAACCCCAGUUAUUGGUUAUUAUGGGAUUUUUUGAUCCCUCCAUUGAAGAUGGGAUAGGACUACACGUAUUGUAUUCUACUGGUAGAAAAAUUCAGUUUUCCUUGAUAUCUGGUGAGAAGAAGCAUCGAACAGUUUCUCUCUGAUUCAAUUCUUUCCAAUCAUUAUAUAUCUGGUCAUAUGACGCAUUUC